AUGAUCCUUCUACUCCUCUCCCUGCUCCUGACUUGGACUCCAGUGAUCGGGGCACAGCCGGACAUCCAUAUGCCCUUCAUGGAGCACCUAGACGCGGACAACAAUGUCAUCCUGAAGUGGGGGUUCAGCGAGGUCCAGGGCACCAUCACGUUCCAGCUGACCUUCAAGACCACUGGCUGGGUGGGAUUCGGGUUCAGCCCAAAUGGAGACAUGGCUGGAGCAGAUAUCGUUAUUGGAGGGGUCGGACCAAAAGCCAACUACAGUGAAAUGCUUACUUACAAGCCCUUAACCAACAAUGCAGUUUUAAGAAAAAUAAGUGUUAAGUAAAAAAGAGAUCAAUAAAAGUAAUUCAAGAGCAGUUUCCCCCUAGUACCCUUUGUUGAUUGGCUAGUCUACAUGAGAUUGUUAUGGAUAGUCUAAAAUAGAAUUGUUAAACUGCAGUCAAGUAUCGAUCAUGUCACCAAAAUAAGACCCUCAUUGUUUAUUAGAAAGCAGAAUCAAGCUCAUCACCAUGCACUUUCAGCACCCUGUGAAGUUCAUAAUUUAUUUAAUCUGAAGCAUAAUAAACUGCGUGGUUUCCUGAGUCAUAGUGGGAGGACCCCACACUAUAUCAUCGCAUGACUCCAAAUGUACUUCGAUAUGAUGGUUAUUACAUAAACAUUUGCGCAUAAAGGCAUUUCCACCUACUUUUCCCACUAAAUUAAUUUUACUGACACAAAGAUUGCAACCGUCACUACCGAGUUCCACACUGCCUCUGGAAGCAACAUCAGAUCAAGAACUGUUCGUCAGGAGCUUCACCAUACUUCACCAUGCACAAGAUCACAAUGCUCAAUGCCAAGCGUCGGCUGGAGUGGUGUAAAGCUCGCCACCAUUGCACUCUGGAGCCGUGGAAAUGCGUUCUCCGGAGUGAUGAAUCACGCUUCACCAUCUGGCAGUCCGACGGACAAAUCUGGGUUUGGCAGAUGCAAGGAGAACACUACCUGCCCGAAUGCAUAGUGCCAAUUAUAAAGUUUGGUGGAGGAGGAAUAAUGGUCUGGCGCUGUUUUGCAUGGUUCGGGCUAGGCCCUUUAGUUCCAGUGAAGGGAAAUCUUAACGCUACAGCAUACAAUGACAUUUUAGACUAUUCUGUGCUUCCAACUUUGUGGCAACAGUUUGGGGAAGGCCCAAAUACAGUAAUUGCCAUACCUCCUUGCCGUCGGAAGAAGACCGAGCAAGAUUGACAACUACUACAUCAUGGUGGACAAGAGACUUGUUCCCUGACAAAUCAAAUCAAAUCAAAUUGUAUUUGUCACAUACACGUGUUUAGCAGAUGUUAUUGCGGGUGUAGCGAAAUGCUUGUGCUUCUAGCUCCGACAGUGCAGUAAUAUCUAACAAGUCAUAUCUAACAAUUUCACAACAUAUACCCAAUACACACAAAACUAGUAAGGAAUGGGAUUUAAGAAUAUAUACAUAUGGACAAGCAAUGACAGCAAUGACAGAGCGGCAUUGACUAAGAUACAGUAGAAUAUUAUAGAAUAGAAUGCAGUAUAUACAUAUGAGAUGAGUAGUGCAAGAUAUGUAAACAUUAUUAAAGUGACCAGUGUUCCAUUUCUUAAAGUGGCCAGUGAUUUCAAUAGGAAGCAGCAGCCUCUAAUGUGCUAGUGAUGGCUAUUUAACAGUCUGAUGGCCUUGAGAUAGAAGCUGUUUUUCAUUCUCUCGGUCCCAGCUUUGAUGUUCCUGUACUGACCUUGCCUUCUGGAUGAUAGCGGGGUGAACAGGCAGUGGCUCGGGUGGUUGAUGUUGUUGAUGAUCUUUUUGACCUUCCUGUGACAUUGGGUGCUGUAUGUGUCUUGGAGGACGGGUAGUUUGCCCCCGGUGAUGCGUUCGGCAGACCGCACCACCCUCUGGAGAGCCCUGUGGUUGUGGGCGGUGCAGUUGCCGUACCAGGCGGUGAUACAGCCCGACAGGAUGCUCUCAAUUGUGCAACUGUAAAAGUUUGUGAGGGUUUUAGGUGCUAAGACUAAUUUCUUCAGCCUCCUGAGGUUGAAGAGGCUCUGUUGCGCCUUCUUCACCACACUGUCUGCGUGUGUGGACCAUUUCAGUUUGUCGGUGAUGUGUACGCCAAGGAACUUGAAGGCAACUAAUGGUCUGUGUGCGUUUGAUGAACCGUUCAAAGCCAACUUUGUCUUUAACCUGAUGUAUGAUGAUACUCUUGUCAACUUCUACGCAUUUCUGCAGACAACCUUCUACAACAUUGAUGUAGGCAAAACAAUAGAGGCCCCUAGCAUGAUAGAGUUGAGGACAAAACUUCUUAACUAGAAAAAUGUAUGUUACGGUGCUUUUGUUGUCAAGCGUUGCACAGAAACAGCCAGUCAUUGAUAUCUCAUUUGAGAAUUGAGCAUAGCUUCUAUCCAUCCAAGUUUAGAUUGGUCUGUGGUCAAGAUCGUUGUAGAAGGCAGUUUUCAACAUACUCAGGUUUAGAAAACAUUUGAAUAGUAUUCAUUGGUCAAGUAGUUGAUGCAUUGAGCUUAGAAGGGCCCUCUCAUGUUGCUGAUUCUCCAGUCCAGUCAGAAUCCACAAAUGGGUGGCGACAUUGGUGUCCCACAUGAUAACACUCAAAGUGAUUGUUUUGAGAAGAAUGGUCAGAGUCUUGCUAAAGAUAUGUGUGCCUCCAUCAUUGCCAAGUUGCAAGCUAGUGGUGUUGCAAAUAGUGUUGUGCCAAAAGUAGUGUGUGAUUUAGAAGGGUUUACUACUGGGCUGCAGUCCCAGAUUAAACAAGAUGUUCUGUCAGUUAUGCCUAUGGAUAACCCCUCUGCAUCUGCUGUAAAUGAUAGUUUUGAGAACUUUGAAAACCCAUUUGCCAGUUUUAACACAGAGAACAAAGUACUUCAACCAAAAAUGGGGUGUUGUGGAGCCAGUAGAAGUAGUGUUGGGAGUUAGAUAUGAUAGCAGGCAAAAUUAAAAAACAGACAUGUAUGAUCAAGACCCAGUGAAAGACACUUUUGUAUAUAUUUCUAUACUGGAAACAUUGACAUUAAUGUGUCGCUAUUCUGAAAUCUGUAAGUUAUUGGAAAAUGCAUCUAGGUAUACAUCUGUGGAAGACACUUAUGAAGACUUUUGUGUUGGAAGUUACUUGAAGACUCAUCCCUUGUUCUCAAAACAUAGAAAUGCUUUACAGAUCCAAUUGUACUAUGAUGACUUUGAAACUGCCAACCCGCUUAGAUCCAAGCAUGGUGUUUACAAGAUAGGUGCCAUUUAUUUUGUCCUCAGGAAUCUGCCACCCAAGUUUAACUCUGCUGUGAUGAAUAUUCAUUUAGUGUCAUUAUUUCAUUAUCAAGAUCUAAAGAAAUAUGUUAUAAAGCACUUGGUUAAUGAUGUAAAUAAACUGGAGAGUGAUGGUGUAAAUGUGACUUUUUUAACUGAUAGAGUUUAUGGCACUAUCUACCAAAUAACUGGAGACAAUUUGAGUAUGCAUGCAGUCCUUGGUUUCACAGAGUCCUUCAGUGGUCAAUACUUUUGCCGGUUCUGUUUGAUAGAAAAGUCUAAUGCUCAGACGGUUUACAGUGAGGAUGACCCUAAUAUUUUCUUGCGUGGUAAAGAUCAAUUUGAAAUGCAUUUGAAUCAGUUGCAAUCAGACCCACAGCUCCCAUCUGUGUACGGUGUAAAGAAAUAUUCUAAACUAAACAGUUUGCAGCACUUCCAUGUUUGUAGUAAUUUUUCUGUGGACAUAAUGCAUGACAUUCUUGAAGGGGUGGCUCAGUUUGAGUUUAAGUUGUUAUUUGAAUACAGUGCCUUGUAAAAGUAUUCAUCCCCCUUGGCGUUUUUUCUAUUUUGUUGCAUUACAACCUGUAAUUUAAAUUGAUUUCUAUUUGUAUUUCAUGUAAUUGACAUACACAAAAUAGUCCAAAUUGGUGAAGUGAAAUGAAAAAAAUAACUUGUUUCAAAAAAUUCUAAAAAAUAAAUAACGGAAAAGUGGUGCGUGCAUAUGUAUUCACCCCCUUUGCUAUGAAGUCCCUAAAUAAGAUCUGGUGCAACCAAUUACCUUCAGAAGUCACAUUAUUAGUUAAAUAAAGUCCAUCUGUGAGCAAUCUAAGUGUCAAAUGAUCUGUCACAUGAUCUAAGUAUAUAUACACCUGUUCUGAAAGGCCCCAGAGUCUGCAACACCACUAAGCAAUGGACCCCACCAAGCAAGUGGCACCAUGAAGACCAAGGAGCUCUCCAAACAGGUCAGAGAACUUGUGGAGAAGUACAGAUCAGGGUUGGGUUCAAAAAAAAUAUCUGAAACGUUGAACAUCCCACUGAGCACCAUUAAAUCCAUUAUUAAAAAAUUGAAAAAAUAUGGCACCACAACAAACCUGCCAAGAGAGGGCCGCCCACCAAAAAUCACUUUCCAGGCAAGGAGGGCAUUAAUCAGAGAGGCAACAAAGAGACCAACAAUAACCCUGAAGGAGCUGCAAAGCUCCACAGCGGAGAUUGGAGUAUCUGUCCAUAGGACCACUUUAAGUCGUACACUCCACAGAGCUGAGCUUUACAGAAGAGUGGUCAGAAAAAAGCCAUUGCUUAAAGAAAAAAAUAAGCAAACACGUUUGGUGUUCGCCAGAAGGCAUGUGGGAGACUCUCCGAACAUAUGGAAGAAGGUACUCUGGUCAGAUGAGACAAAAAUUGAGCUUUUUGGCCAUCAAGUAAAAAGCUAUGUCUGGCGCAAACCCAACACCUCUCAUCACCCUGAGAACACCAUCCCCACAGUGAACAGUGAAGCAUGGUGGUGGCAGCAUCAUGCUGUGGGGAUGUUUUUCAUCGGCAGGGACUGGGAAACUGGUCAGAAUUGAAGGAAUGAUGGAUGGCGCUAAAUACAGGGAAAUUCUUGAAGGAAAACUGUUUCAGUCUUCCAGAGAUUUGAGACUGGGACAGAGGUUCACCUUCCAGCAGGACAAUGACCCUAAGCAUAAUGCUAAAGCAGCACUCACGUGGUUUAAGGGGAAACAUUUAAAUGUCUUGGAAUGGCCUAGUCAAAGCCCAGACCUCAAUCCAAUUGAGAAUCUGUGGUAUGACUUAAAGAUUGCUGUACACCAGCAACUUGAAGGAGCAGUUUUGCCUUGAAGAAUGGGAAAAAAAUCCCAGUGGCUAAGUGUGCCAAGCUUAUAGAGAGAUACCCCAAGAGACUUGCAGCUGUAAUUGCUGCAAAAUGUGGCUCUACAAAGUAUUGACUUUGGGGGGGUCAAUAGUUAUGCACGCUUUUUUUUGUCUUAUUUCUUGUUUGUUUCACAAAAAUAAAUAUUUUGCUUCUUCAAAGUGGUAGGAAAGUUGUGUACAUCAAAUUAUACAAACCCCCAAAAAUCAAUUUUAAUUCCAGGUUGUAAGGCAACAAAAUAGGAAAAAUGCCAAGGGGGGUGAAUACUUUCGUAAGCCACUGUAUGCCUCAGAAAAUGUUAUUUCAAAACGUGCGCUUCUCUAGAAUCUACUCAUUUGACUAUGGGAACUUGGAGUGCAAAAACCGUCCAACUAAAGUCAACCUAGAGAACAGUGGAAAUAGCAUAGCACUUAUUUCUAUUCAAACUCUGUGUCUUGUGAGAAACGUUCCCUUGAUUUUGGGUGAUGUUGUUCCACCAGGAAAUGAGAACUGGAAUUUGCUGCUCAUCUUACUGCAAAUAAUCAACAUUGUUUUUUCCCAUUUUCUUAGCCAGAGCAUGACUGUGUAUCUAAAGCAUUUGAUAAUUGAACAUCACACACUUUUCAAACCGUUGUACCCACAUAAAAACGUAAUACCCGAACAUCACUUUAUGAUAGAUUACCCAGCAUGCAUAAGACAAAUCGGUCCUUUAUUACAUAUGUGGAGCAUGAGGUUUGAGGCAAAGCGCAAACUCUUUAAUAACACCCUCAAAAACUUCAAGAACAUUACUAAGUACCUUGCCAUAAAACACACAUUUGCUAUAGGCCAUCACUGGGAGACAUCACCAUUGAAACAUAUUGAGUAUGGACCGAUGAAACCAUUUUCCCUGAAUGAUUUUAAUGUUGGUGAGGAGUUGGCAGGGUCACUUCAGGUCCUAUGCAGAAAGCCAUUUACUCUACCAGCUGGGUUAAGAUGGAUGGCACAGAGUACAGAGAGGGACUGUUAGUUUGCAGUAAGAUGUAGCAUGAAAUGCCAGUCUUUUGUCAAAUAACUAAGAUCAUUGUGGUUGACAAUAUUGUAUACCUAUUGCUGGACAAGUUGCAUACUGAUAAUUUCAGUGAACAUUACCAUGCAUUCACAGUGUUUGAUGGUGUUGAUGACAAAGUUGUUGUCAAAGUUGAUGAUGUGAAAUGUAAUAUGCCUUUUGUCCUUCAAAGUGCUUAUGGUGCUGAUGAGAGCCUUUAUGUUGUUCCUUUGUUUGACAUGAUUGAGUAAUAGACUUAGGAGGACUUCCACUUGUGUUAAAUAGCAACUCUGCAAAUACUCUUGUUCUCGUAUAGUACAAGUACAGAGGCGCCUGUGAUGCACUGAUUUCAUUUGAAUGUGCCUGUGAUGCACUGAUUUCAUUUGAAUGUGCCUGUGAUGCACCUUUUUCAUUUGAAUGUGCCUGUGAUGCACCUUUUUCAUUUGAAUGUGCCUGUGAUGCACUGUUUUCACUGACGCACCCUCUCUUUGUGGCCUAAAUAAAUGAAACAAAGCAGAGUCACUACUCUUACAUUUACAUUUACGUAAUUUAGCAGACGCUCUUAUCCAGAGUGACCUACUCUUGUAACGAAUCCUUUAUUGCUCCGGUUUAAUUCACCUAUAACUUGCAGGCUUGAUUUAUGAGUGGGAGAGAACCAGACAAAAAAUGGUUAUUUCCUAGUGUGAAUAUUUAGCACUUCCUGGUGUCAAUUCAGCUACAGGAUCCUCAACAAUGAAAGGUGUUGCUGCUCAAUACUGAGGGUGUUGAAAAAACACUCCCAUGGGUCAUUUGAACAUCACCUGAAGUGUUAUAUCUUAACAUUCAGUGUUUCAAUAUUAACACUACAAAAAGUGUUAAAUUAACACUGAUGAGAGUGGACCUAUAUAAACACUGGAAGAAUGUUAAAAUUAACAUGCCUGGUGUUAAAUUAACAAUUUCAAAUUUGCUGUGUAAGCUAUAAGUAUGUUCUUUAUAUUCAUAUACUUUAGCUCCAACCAUUUCUCAAUGUGUUCCACCUGAUAAUAUUCUUUAUCUUACAUAAAAGUAGUAAUUCUCUUUAGUUAUCUUUUUCCAAUGUAAUUUUGUAUCAUAAUUGUGACAUUAUGCACUAUAUGAAAAGCUGCAAAGAAUAAUGAUUUCGCAUCAGUAGCUAGGUUUCCAUCCAAUUGGCAACAGAUAUCCAUGUGAAUAUUAUAAAAUCCAUUAAAAAAUAAUAUCCGCAUUUUCACAACUUCUCCUGUUUCUCAAAUUGACUUGUUGCAGUUAAAAGGCUGUGCGUGACAAAGUAGUGCACACAAAAUACCUUUUGCGGUGAAAUUCCCAUGUACCUAAUAAAAAAUACAAGUUCAGUGGGUUUCCAUAGCAUUUUCAACUCUACUGAUGGUUUUCUCACCCCAACAAAAAUGCGUUAUAGCGUGUGCACACUCUGGUAUUGGCACGUGCGCUGUAGCCAACAGCUAGAGCGUACAUUUACCUCUUUAGCAGACGCUCUUAUCCAGAGCGACUUACAGUUAAUGAGUGCAUACAUUUUUCAUACUGGCCCCCCGUGGGAAACGAACCCACAACCCUGGCGUUGUAAGCAAUGCUCUACCAACUGAGCUACAGGAGGCCUUAUACAGCCUACAUGGAACAUGAUGAGAUUAUUAGCCUAUUAUUGACAAAAGAGCGAGAUUAUUUUUACUUGGCAGCCAAGCAUCGAUGAUCAUGUCACCAGAAUAAGACCCUCGAUAUUUAGUGGAAAGGAGCAUCGAGCUCAUCACCUUGCACUUUCACAACCCUGUGAAGUUCAUCAUUUCUUUAAUCUGUAACCUAAUAAACUGCAUGCUUUCCCGAUGAGUCGUAGUGGGGAGGACUACACAACAUGUCAUCGCGUGACUCGAAGUUUACUUCCAUAUGAUGGUUAUUAUAUCAAUAAUUGCGCAUAAUUGCGUUUCCACCGACUUUUUUGCAUAAUUCAUUUUACUGACACAAAAAGAUCAUACCUCGUCUAGUGCAUUUUGUUUUGACGACAUUUGGAAAGUUUACCGGAAAAAUGUGAUGUUCUGUUUCCAUCUGGCCUGUCAUGACAUUUUUUUAUCCGAAAUGUACUUUACUCUCAUGAAAUGUUGGAUGGAAACCUGGUUAUAUGGACAGCAUAUUCCCCUAUUACCUCUCCACACCCACCAAACGGGAGAAAACGUACCUCAAAGGAAAACUGUUGAAGAAUGGUGCCCACCGUUUUGUGGGAACGUGUCGUUCAGUAGCGCUACAAACCGUCAUGCAAAUUAGCAAACGUAAAAAACGAAAUGAAUGCACCCCAGGUAUGUUUGACAAGAGCUGAUAAUCAGAGAAGGGGACUGGCUGUAGCUAAAUGGCGGGAAACAACGCAAUGGCGUCUCCUUUCUCUGAUUAUCAGCUGUUGUCAAACACACCUGGGUCUAAAUGUAUUUAGUUUCACAUACUAUAAAACGUAUUUUCGCAUACCCGAAAAGCCUACUAACUAUUUAGGACGCAAGCACGGGUAUUCGGACAAGGGCAGUGAGUGUGUCAGAAUCUUAGCGGCGCUCCGUGGCGAGAUAGCUGUUUGUUUGACCUGGAGUUUUUGUCUCUGAGCUGGUUGAGUUCUCAGGGUCUAUCUGUGGGUGACAGACAGGAUGAUCCUUCUACUCCUCUCCCUGCUCCUGACUUGGACUCCAGUGAUCGGGGCACAGCCGGACAUCCAUAUGCCCUUCAUGGAGCACCUUGACGUGGACAACAAUGUCAUCCUGAAGUGGGGGUUCAGCGAGGUCCAGGGCACCAUCACGUUCCAGCUGACCUUCAAGACCACUGGCUGGGUGGGAUUCGGGUUCAGCCCAAAUGGAGACAUGGCUGGAGCAGAUAUCGUUAUUGGAGGGGUCGGACCAAAAGCCAACUACUUCAAGGUAUCUAAACCAUUAACCUGUAAUCGUUACAAUUAGACAAGUAUCAGUGGUAAUGUAGUAGUUUCUUGUAGAAGUAGCCCUAUAUGACCCUGCGUCCUAGCGUUUAGGUAGAGGCAGUUAUGUUGUAGGUCUUAGGAAUAGGCUACUGUGACAGUGUAGUGGUUUUCAACACCUCAAACAUUUGGCAAACUACAUGUGAAUGUGUUGCACCUGGUCAAGUUUUAGAGAAGAGCUGAACUCUAUAUAACAUUUUAAGUAUAACUAGAAAAGGUUUUAUGGUUGUGGUCAGUAUACAAGCACACUAUUCCAGAUCGGUUUGCACGUUAGUUUAAAUGGGGUUUCUAGCUGAAACAGUUGACGACUAGUAAGAAGGCUGCUUUUAUGUAGGCUGCUCAAUUAUGAUAUCUUUUCACUAAUCGGUCAUUUGACUGAUCAGAUAACUUCUGAAGAAAAUCUGAUUGGAAAAUAUUUUUAAAUUGGGCUUCCUUUGUAAAGAAAGCUGUAGUGACCAGAAUUCCCCACAUCCAUGUCCCUGGCACGCACUGGGAGUCAUGCAAAUAUGGUUGUAGUGUGACCAGUAUUAGUAUCAGUUUCUUCAAGCAACCUGACCAGUGGCAGUCUGGACUUUCUGGUGUUGAUAGCUUAUGGUUCUGGUGCUACAGGUGGUGGCAGCAGCAUAAUAGUGAUAAUGAACAGUUUCUAAAGUUGUGCUUUCACCAAGCACACCUAAUAAAACAAGUCUAGUAGGCUCUAUAAAUACUCCAGAUAACAUCAGUAUUUUUGUUGUAUUUCCUUCAGGAUUAUCAUGCCACAAGCAACGGAUUUCCCUUGGUGGAUGAGAAACAGGACUACACCCUCCUGUCCCUGACCGAGGCAGACGGUCAAACCACCAUGACCUUCUGGAGGGCCAUCCAGUCAUGUGACAAGGAUGACUUCCGCAUUACCGUGAGUUAAGUUGGUGAAACCCUGAGCUAGACCAUCUGUCAUUUAUAUCCACUUACUAGUUAUUUUAUUGAGUAGUUCACCACAAACUGCAUAAACAUGGAGGCUUUUGUAACCCUACGUGGUUCUCGGAGAUGAACAAACUUAGCAUUUAAAAAUGGCAUUAUUAAAGACUAUGGAGUCAUAACGUCAAUGACAACAUUAUGUUGGAUAUGGUUCCCCAACUGGUGGCCCGCAGGUUGAAUUUGGACCGCGGCUGGUUUUAUUUGGCCUCCGACGUUAUCAGAGGGAACAAUUUUCAUUGUUGGACAUAAGACUGUAAACACUGGGAAAUCCGCUGCAAGUGACUUUAAUUUAAGAAAUCUGUUCAAGUAUUCCCACGGCGUAGACUCAUGUGAUCGUAUACAAAUGUAAGCAAGGUUUGAAACGGCCGCCGAUCAUCCGCUCAAGAGAGAAAUCGGCCCUUGGCUGAAUCUUGUUGAUGGCUGAUAUAGGCCCUACUUAGUGCCUACUAGGACUUUUCUAAACGCAGUCCUUAACCUGUUUUUUUUCUUCUGUUCUCUUGUAUGUUUUGUUCGAUCCCCAUCAUAGGACAGUCCAUUGAAGCUGAUCUAUGCCUACGGGAAAACGGAUGACAUCGGCUACCAUGGCAAAAGUAGGGGGACCAAGGAGGUGAACCUGCUCAACAUGCCUAGCUCCAGCCCCCUGGUCAGCAACUCUGGCGCCAGUCCCCCACGCGCAAUAGAAAAGUGUCAAUAAUCUGUAUUCAUGAUAUAUGAAAAUGUCAAUAAAUUUAAGGAAUAAUUCACUCAACUACUCCUUCCUAUGCGUAAAAUGUUAUGUCUUACCAUGUUUGAACGCUUGGUGAUGAAAUGUUUCAUCUUGGACUGGAAGCAAAAUGUGAAAAUCCAAUGACUUUACUCUGAACAGAAAUAUGUAACAAUUUCAAAGAUUUGACUGA